CUAGUUACGUGCCCGUCCCUUUGCAAUUUGAGAUUAAGAUUAAGAUCUCAAUUUCUCAUUUGCAAUUUCAGUCGCUCUCUAAAGUCUCAACGUACUGAUCUGUUUCCUCUUCAAAAUGCUAACCAAUAGUUUGGUGCUUAUGGAAUACUAAUCUUAACUCAACAAAAUUCAUAACGCUCUAAAUGUUCGGGCCUUGUGUUCUCCAUCUGAAGGAAAUGACACGCGUAUUCUACUGAAUCGGGAAAAAGAGAAGACAAUGGCUUUGGUUGAUGUUAUCAUUUCUUGCACCGAUUCCCUCAAACAGAUAUCAGAGCAUGUGGAAGAUGCUAUUGUUUAUUUAGAUGCUGGUUCUACAGAGAGUUUCCAGUUUAUAGGGGCAUAUCCUAUACUUCUUGAUCUUGGAGCACAAGCUAUUUGCAGUUUGGAAAGUAUGUCAGUACUUGAUGCGGUGGCUGAUUGGAACUCACAUUCUAAUCCUGCGGGAAAAUUUGUGGUUAUUACAUCACGCCUAUUAAGUGAUGCACAUCGGUAUAUUUUACGUUGCCUGAGUGCACAUCAAGUAGUUUGUCACUGCGUUAUAUUUACAUCUAUCUCAGAGGCAGCUCACUCGAUGUUUCCGGAUUCACCUCUGGGACCAGAUGCCUAUCGUGAAUAUGAAUCCUUAUUGGUUCAAGAUUAUGAAGAACUAAAUAACAAAUCUGGGGCAAAACCUAGGCACAAAACACAAAGUAGAGAAAAUAAAUAUCUUCGCCGUCUCUCAGGUGAACCACAGCUCACUUCUGAGCACCUGGACCUCUCAAGUUAUGGUGUGUUUAAAUUGGAUGUUUCUGUUCAUCAUUUUCCAAUGAUUUUAUGUCCCUUAUCACCAAGAGUAUUUGUUCUACCUUCAGAAGGAUUGGUAGUUGAAGCACAGUUAUCAUCUGAGCAUGAGGAUUCCAUUGGUCCUGGUUUUCCUCCCUUAAGUACUGGUAUACUUUCUGAUACAGAUGAUGUGCCUCCAGGUGCAACUCUCACAGCACACUUUCUCUACCAUUUGGCGGCCAAGAUGGACUUGAAAAUGGAAAUUUUCUCCCUUGGGGAUAUGUCAAAAACUGUUGGAAAAAUUUUGACUGACAUGUCAAGUCUUUACGAUGUAGGCCGUCGUAAACGGUCAGCAGGACUGUUACUCAUUGAUCGCACACUUGAUCUCCUUACUCCUUGCUGUCAUGGUGACUCACUAUUUGACCGUAUGUUCUCUUCUUUGCCCCGAAGGAAUCGAAUAUCCAAUACCCAAGGUAAAGGUUUAGGGCUCCAGCUCAAACUUAGUUCUUCGUACCUGCAACGUGCUCCUUUAGAUGCUCAGAUACCACUUACAAAGAUCCUUAAUGAUGAAGAUUGGCAAAUAAACAACUUUCAGCUUUUAGAAAGUGUUGAAGCUUUUCUAUGUGGUUGGAACUCUGGUGAUUCUGAUUCUCAGGUUACAGGUUUGAUUAAUCUUAGUCAGAAAAUUCAUGACAAAGAGAGUUACUCUAAUGCAGAAAUACUCAUUGGAUCUUUUGUUUCCUCUGAAACUUUCCGUGGAACCCCAUUCUUGGAAGCUAUACUGGAUAGAAGAACAAAAGAUGGGGGCUUACUAGUAAAGAAAUGGCUACAAGAAACUCUGCGCAGGGAAAACAUUACUGUAAAUGUGAAAUCCCGUCCUGGUUUUGUUACAAAACCUGAGCUACAAGCUAUGAUCAAAGCAUUGACUGGGAGCCAAUCAUCUUUGCUGAAGAAUAAAGCAAUUAUCCAAAUUGCUUCAGCCACAUUGUUUGCACUUGAAGAAUCAAAUUGUACCAAGUGGGAUGCAUUUAGCAGUGCAGAGAAGAUUCUGACUGUGAGUUCAGGGGAAACCAGUCAAAGUCUUGCUGCUCAAAUUGGUGAUCUCAUCAAUAAGAGUGCUCUGUUGGGAUCUUAAGUAAAUAAAGGGAAAAGUGAGAUGUCAAAAGGGUUACUUUCUUUGCAAGAUGCAAUUCUGUUGAUGAUUAUUGGAUAUAUAUUGGCCGGUGAAAAUUUUCCAUCAUCUAGUUCUGAAGGCCCAUUUUCUUGGCAGGAGGAACGCUUGUUAAAAGAUGCUGUUGUAGAUGCCCUUCUUGAAAAUCCAUCAGUUGCAAAUCUCAAGUUUCUAGAUGGGAUAAGGGAAGAGCUUGAGAAAAAUGUAUGCAAGUCAAAAUCGGAGAAAGAUACUGAAAAACUAGACAUCGAUGAUUUUGAUGAUGAGCAGUGGGGGGAAUGGGGGGAUGAAGAUGUUGAGGAUGACAGCAAAAAUGAACAAGCGUAUGGUGACGUGCAACUUAAGUUGGAGUUGCGCGACAGGGUGGAUAACUUGUUCAAAUUUCUUCAUAAGUUAUCCAAUCUGAAAAGAAAGAAUAUACCACUUAGGGAUGGAUCAUUGACCAUGGAAGGCAAUUUCAGUGAGGAUUCCUAUAUGGGGAAAGGAUUACUUUAUAAGCUACUAACAAGGGUGCUAGGCAAGUAUGACGUGCCAGGGUUAGAAUAUCAUUCUUCCACUGUAGGUCGUCUGUUUAAAAGCGGGUUUGGCAGAUUUGGCCUUGGUCAGGCAAAACCAAGUCUUGCUGAUCAAAAUGUCAUUUUGGUGUUUGUUAUUCGGGGCAUUAAUGGAGUCGAAGUUCGUGAAGCUCAAGAGGCAUUGGCUGAAAGCGGAAGACCUGACAUAGAAUUGCUUCUUGGUGGAACAACUCUUCUAACUCCCGAAAACAUGCUUGAUUUAUUGCUAGGGGACUCCAGUUUCUUUUAA